CCACCGCCGCGACGUCGUUGGAGCUCCCCUCUCGAGAGCGCAAAACCGAUAUUGCCUGCUUCUGCCUGGCCAGGCCCGAGUUUGCGAUCAGCCAGCGGUAGCGGCAACAGUUAAGAGUCUGCAUGCACAGCGCAAUAUAGGCUUGGGAGGCUCGGUUUCUCUCGGCUCCUAUAUUCCCGUGCAGAAUUUUUAGCGUUCUUUCUUGCUUUUACCGUGCGUCGCAGGCAGCAGUGAAGCGUGCACCACUCUGUGUCCAGUAAGUGUGUGUGUGCGUUUGUAUACUCUGCUGCUGUGUAUGCCAGUGUGUACUGCUUGUGUAUGUGUCAGUGUUUUAGCGAAGCUCUCCUCUAUCACUGUAUAUGUAUUAUCGUUCCCGUGUGUAGCGCCCGCGAGACAGGCAAAAUACGUGCAUAUUAUAUACGUCAGGUCAGUUUAUUCUCAACGUAGAAGAGAAGGAGAUAUCGUGUAUACUUUUUCACUCGCUGCUGCUGCUGGCCAAGCCAACGUAUUUCACGCAAAAAACUCCUUUGCUCUUCCGCUUGGCGUUCCUUUUUUGCACGUCUGUCCCGUCGUCGUCGUCGUCUCUUGUCGUCUGAUCGCCACAACAAUCGUCGCGACCCGUGAUAAUGAGAAUAAAAAUUGGCCACACACGACCCGAUCGACGAAAAGUUCAACUUUGAUACUUGCUACUACACGACGAUAUAAAUCGAGCGCUUGGGGCUUUACCAACCAGCACCGCACGCACACAUAAGAGAGUCCGCAAAAAAAAACAGGAGUGAGCCAUCCGAAAGUGCAAUCUGUGUAUGUUGUAUACGUGUAUUGUGUGUGCAUCCAUGCGUAUAGAGCGCCCCGAGAGUAUUAUUAACAUCCAGCUACACCAACAAUAAGGAAAACAUCAACAACGAAAAAGUCAUUCUGCUUUUGACUGGUCCACAUUCACCUCCAAGAAUCAAACAGCAAUUUUUCCAAUAUGUCAUUGCAAACUUCUACCAAACAGUCUGACGAAGGAGAAAAAAAGAUUGAUGAUUCUGAUAAACACCAAACUGCAGCAACAAUAGAUUCUGGAUUUUUAUCUGGUAAUCUUGUCAGAUCCCAAGCUAGUGUCUCUUCUGAAUCCUGCUGUUUAGAUUGUGAAUCCAAAAAUGUUGAACCCAAUAAAUUAGACAGCAUAACAGAGAAUGAACAAUUAAAUUUAUCCAAUUUUUCUGAACCAAGUUUAGAUAUAUCAAUUGGUGAUGAUGAUAAAUUAGACCAGUAUUAUCAAGAACUAGAUGAUAGUGGUAAUGUUGAAGAUGCUGAAGACGUUGAUAUAUCUACAAUUUUGCCAAACAAUGAUUCUGAUUCAUGGAAAGAAUGUUAUACUCAAGAUGAUGAUGAAGGAAAUACAAAACUUCAUGUGGCUAUAAUGCAAAAUUUUGUCAACUUGGCGUGGUACCUCAUUUCUCUGGCUCCACACCCUUGCCUUCUUGACUUUAAGAACAAUGAUGAUCAAACAGCCCUUCAUCUUGCUGCCUGGUUAAACCAUCCAACUAUAGUAAGAAAGCUGAUUCUGGAGGGAGCUUGUCUUAAUGUUGAAAAUGAUAGAGGAAAUACUGCUCUCCAUAUAGCAUGUUUGAGUGGAAAUUUUGAAUGUGUAAAAGCUUUAGUAACUCCAUUGUCUGUAACAGAAGAAUCUGCAUCAAGUAAAGUUGUUCCUGUUACAGUUCCUCAAAAUCUUGAGCUGAAAAAUUAUGAUGGCGAGACAUGUCUACACCUGGCAGUUUCGAAAGGUCACUUGGACAUCGUGCGCGAGCUCGUGAAAGCCGGAGCCAACGUCGAAACCAAAGACGGGCGCAGUGGCCAAACAGCCCUACAUUACGCCGUCCUAUUCGGACACGUGGAAAUUAUGCGUUACUUAAUCAAGGAGGCUCGUGCUGAAAUCGAGGCCGAAACGUGGGCCGGCUUGACACCCUACGAACUGGUCCACCAGGAAGACCGAUUGACCGUUGAGCUUGAAAAGCUCGGGGCAAUACCUUCGGGGCCGCCUUAUCAGUACAGCGAUGACAGCGACAGCGGCGAAGACGAUGAUGAUGAGGAUGAGUUUAUUUACCUCGACGACGACGACGAAGAUGACGAGGAUACCAGCAGCGAGAGACUCAGUGAAAAGGAGUUCUUAGAUCUAAUGAGAGACCUCACGGUGUCCGGCUACAUGGGCGACGUUCCCACUGUCAUACUAGCUUCGAGUUGAAGAUCGCCAUGAACUCUCGCCGAGAAGGUCUUAGAGAAAGUGUCAAUAUUUUUUUGUUUCAUUCAAAAAGCUCAUUAAUGUCAACAACAAUCUCCCCACUCACCCUUUUAAAGAGCUCAGGAAAGAGAUUAGAGAAUAAUGAUUCUCUAGAUUUCUCAGGCUCAAUUUGUACAGCAACAAUCACGUGGAAAUAUAUUUGUUAUGAUAUAAGAAAAAACAAUAAACUAAUCUUUAAUAGGAAAUGUUAAAUUCGACUCGUAGUCGCAAAAGUAAUACCAUUUUUUUUAUUAUACUAUUUAUAGAUAGGGGUUUCUAUUGAAGGACAAAUCAGACGAUCCAGUUCAUAAUUUAUAAAUGAAAAAUACAACAAUACAUUCAAAAUGUAAAGAAACCUGUAAUGCAUCGUAUAAAAGUAAUGUACCUAGCCAAAAUAGUGUAUAUAAUAACGAAAUAUAUUAUUUAUUUUGAAGUGAAAAGAAUAUUACAUUCUCAUUAGCUUAAAAUAAAAAAGAAAUAUUUAUAUGGCGUUAAAGCAAACGUUUUUAUUUUUAAUAAUAUUUACUCCUGGUAGGGCCCAAACACUUUAAGAAAUCGUGUUCAUACACAAUAAGAGAAAUUGCGAUCGUGCUCGUGUCGAACUACUUUUAUUUUUUGAAAAUUAUUUGCGCUUUUUCACCAUUCUAAGAGCUUCGUCGUCUCAACUAGGUAUACCACAAUCUCACAUUUUUUCAAUCAAAUUUAUAUCAACUGACUUUGGGAUAUGGCGUGGUAAAAAGCAUAAUGAAAUUAUACAGUGUAAAAUUUUUAAAUAUCAAAUCUUGGAAAUAUUUUUCGAAAAUAAAAAAUACGUUAUAAACAAUAAGGUAUGCGUCCAAUUUUUCAUCAAUCAAAGAUAAUUAACUUGACUAUUUUAAAGAAAUAUGCUCUUAAUAAUAUUUUAAUACCUUUUGUUACUGAAUGAAUUUUAUAUCCUGUAUUUUAAUGAUCAUGUCGUUCAACAAGUAGAAAAUAGCAUCAUUGUUCAAUAAAAGAUUUCUAUUAAUCA